AAAUGUUUCGUUAUCUGGGUCUGCUUAUGGUUGGACAGCGUGGAGACGAUUUCUUAAUUUGGAAAGGGAUCUAGCUGGAGCCCCUGCACAGGCAGGCGUAGAGUGCUAAGCCAUCCACUCUCUCCACCCUUCGGCUUUGACUCUGGUUGGGAUUUCUCCCCCUGCCACAGGAUGUCUUCCCACAGCAAUCCUUCCUCCAGCUCCUCGUUUCGCUCGGCGCGGUAUAGCAGCACCUUCCGGCCAGCAGGGAACAGCACCCAGGGGGACCCCAUCUUCAAGCCCUACAUGGACCCAGGCUCCCACAGCCUGUUUGGCGAGGAGGAAGCGGAAACUCUGCUCCGCCAUCCGCAGUUCACACGGCAUCCCCGAGAAUCAUUCGGAUACCCAGGUCCGGCCAGCCCUGGGACUGGGCGUCCCGCCAGCAUGGGCACGCUCCGCUCCGUUGGGGAGACCUACCAAAUGUCAGCCGACGUCAGUCAGUUCGAGCCCCAGGACGUGGUGGUGAUGACUUACAACCAAAACGUCGUUGUCCAUGCAGAGAAGCUGGCUGAUGAUGGGACCAUUAGCAACACCUUCACCCACAAGUGCCAGUUUCCUGAAGAUAUGGAUCCCCUGUCGGUCAGUUGUGCCCUGACCGAGGCGGGCAUGCUGGUGGUCAGUGUGAAAAGGAAACAGUCACCGGUCUCCGAGGUUCCCCCAGCCUGUUUCCGCUCUGAGAUGUGUUUCUAGCUCCCACCCUGCCUUCUUCCCAAUGAUACUUUUCCAGGCCAUUUUUUCCCCACAGCAUUUUGCAGUUCUAUCAUGACUGCUCCUGAAGUGCUCCUGACUUUCUUGGAAUUUUCUUGAUAAUUUCCUAUGUGUUCACUGUACUCAGCUAGACAAAGCUAUGAUUAUGAAAUAUUUUAUAGAUAUUCCUAAGGAUAAAACUGCACAUUCUCAACGAGCACUUACACUUUGUACUCUUUCCACUCUGACUCCAAGGUCUAAGAGGUAUUUUUGCCUAUUAUUCUGCUUGCCCCCUUCCCCAUACACACACCUCCUGCAAUGUACAGGCUGUAACCUGCACAGGACCUCUUACUUUCAAGAAGACAUGCACUUUCCCACUUCCUGAGGGAGCAUUCCUACUGUCACUAGGCAGUUCUUAUAAAGUAUGUGAACACAAACAGAUAUGAAAGAAGACAUUGUAAAUUCAAGUAGUUAAAGCUGAUUAAUUAGUUGCCAGUCAAUAACAAUUCUCCAAACAAAAGCCUUUCCUUGUGAGAAGGUUCAUGUGCGCUUGUGGUCACACCUCUCCAUGUUCAUUUAAGUAUGUGCCAUGUGAUUUGAAAUGCAAUUUAAUCAUAGUGCGAUGGUUAUCAAUCAAAUAAUAGAUUUUAAUUAGUUAUUUUUUACUCAAUUUUUAUGAAAAGUUGCCAGUACUUUUAUCAUGACCAAAUAUAAAGACAUUACAUUUGUUUUUUUCAUCUCUU